AUGUAUGUUCAUAUGUUCCUGUAUCUUGACACGGUAUUAUAUCAGGCUUUUUCGAGGACCCCUGAUAUAUCAGAACCCAUCUUUUGGGAGAGCAGCGCCUGCUUCUUGGAGAAAGUGUCAAACUAUUCUGAAGAAGAAGCCGAGAAAGAAGAAGCAGAAGAUGAUCAAGAGGAAGAGUGGGACACAGACCUUGAAAUAGAAGAGUCUACAAUAUGCUAUGAUCCUGCUGGGAAAGCCAGAUACCUUGAGAUCUGCCAAGCGUAUGGCGUUGUCCCUGUCUCUUAUUUUUUACGGCAUAUGAAAGAUUCUGAAUUGACUCUGACGCAUCAUGGCCUUAGCCCUAAGGGAGCCAAAGCUCUCGCUCUUUCUCUGACCAGCAACAUGUCCAUUGUGAAGUUGAACCUGAGUGACAACGGGCUGGAUGGAAAUGGAGCAGUUGCACUGGCAGAGAUGUUAAAGGAAAAUUGCUAUAUUUCAGAAGUUGAUUUAUCAGAGAAUAGAGUUGGAGUGAAAGGGACAGAAGCUCUGUCUGCAAUGCUUCGGGAAAAUCAAACUCUUGUGGCCUUGAAACUUUCAGGAAAUGAAUUAAACAACAGUGCGGUCAAAUACCUGGCAGAUGCUUUUGUGACCAAUCACAAAGUGGAGUGCCUUGACCUGAGUCACAACAUGCUUGAAGAGCCAGCAGGAGAGGCUCUUGGAGUGGCUAUGGCAGAAAAUGUGGGGCUGAAGGAACUCAACCUCAGUUGGAACAACUUUCGGGGCCAAGGAGCAGUGGCUGUCGCCAAAGGCUUGGGGGCUAAUAUAUUCCUUCGAGUCCUCAAUCUGUCAUAUAAUGGCUUUGGCAACAGUGGAGCAGCUGCUCUGGGGGUAGCCCUGAAAUGCAACAAUGUGCUGGAAGAACUCCACAUUGGUAAUAAUCGCAUUGCAUUGGAAGGAGCGCUCUCUCUUGCUUUGGGCCUGAAAGAAAACAAGAAUCUGAAGAGACUUAGUAUGUCCAGAAACCCCAUCCAGAAUGAAGGCUGCCUUGGGAUCCUCAAAGCCAUCCGAGCAAAUCCUGGAGCUGCUAUAGAGUUUCUGGAUCUUUCAGCAAUUGUGGUGAAGCAGGACUUUGUCCGAGUAAGUGAGGCUGUCCAGGAACUUUUCCCAAGCCUUCUGAUCAAACACGAUGGAACCACUCACUUGUUCAGAAGAAAGCCUUCAAAGGUUUCCUGA